ACUUGUGAUAAGUCCAUACACUAUAGUGAAUCAAUCGUAUCCAACAUGGAAAGUUCUCCGUCAUACUUUGAAAAAAUAAGGGCCGAAUUUCCCGAAUUCAAACGACCAGAUCUGAACUUGAAGACCUACAAUCCUAGCUCACUUGCUGAGUUUCAUCCGCUUAACAAUCCCAAUUGUCCAUUUGGUGUCUUGGCCGGAUCAGAAGGGCACUCGUUACCACAAGAUGUCGUUACUUGGAAUGAGGUGGGAAGUGCAAUGGUCAGCGCAGCGUCCAGCCUUUUGAAAGUUAUCGACUACUUUCCAACUUCGCGUCCACCCGUCAUUGGCUUGAUCGCAUCCAAAGACCCGCUGGUGUAUUAUACAAUGCUUCUCUCAAUCAUCAGAUUAGGCGCAAUUCCUCUAUUGAUUUCACCUAGAAACUCAGUUGUCGGAAUUGCACAUUUGAUUCGAGCAAGCGGCUGCAAGCACGUAUAUGUAGAAUUUUGCCCCGACAGAACACCUUCAGAAUCUCCUAACAUGUCAGUUUCAGAAAAGCUCAGCCGAGAACAGAUGGAUGAAGUCCUUAAAGAGUUAUCGGAUUUCAAUCCAAUUACAUUACUUGAAAUUCCUUCAGCUUUUGCUCUUUUCCCUCGAUUGGCUGAUGGUAUAUCUUAUAAAUUCAACCAUAACUUGUCCGACGAACUCAAGGCCGUUCCAAAGUUUGAACACACCGAAUUUGAUCCUGUCCUGUUCUUCCAUUCCUCCGGCACUACCGGGCUGCCAAAACUUGUUCCUAUCAACCGAAUUACGUUUCGUGGUUCCCUAAUAUCGCCUGAUUAUGGUGAAUUUGCUUGGACGGGAGAAUUGGUCUCGGCAAUGGCCCUUCCGCCGUACCAUGCAUUGGGAGUUCAUGUAUCCUUCGUUCUAAGCCUUUCACGAGGCGUUGUAGGUGCAUUCUUCCGUCCCGAGCUUGACCAGUAUGGGCGUUGUACAGUGCGAACACCAAACCCAGUGACGAUCAUGCAGGGCAUGCGUCUCUUAGGUUGUACAAUCGUGGUACUAAGCCCGCUUACUAUCAGUGAAUAUGCUCAUGAAGCGUCAAGUCUCAUGUUUCUGCAAGGAGUCAAACGACUGUGUUUUGGCGGAGCCCCCUUGUCGAUCGAAGUUGGAAAUCUGCUUUAUCAAAAAGGCGUUAAGAUGUCUUCAAUCUUUGGACUCGAAGCGGGCGUAGUGUCCGUAUGUCUUCCUGAUCCUUGCUAUGGUCCAAACUGGGAAUACUUUGGACUAUCCUCACAAAUGAAGGCGCAACUUGUUGAACAAGAGGAUGGUUUGUAUGAGUUGGUGAUUAUCGCAUCGGAUCAUCACAGGUGUUCUUUGGGUUUCGAACAAGAAUUUGGGCCGCAGGUAUACCAUACAUCGGAUCUAUUGGAGAAGCAUCCAAGACUCCCGUUAUAUCGCCAUAUGGGCAGGCUUGAUGAUCAGAUUACACUCGUCAACUCCGAGAAAACAAACCCUAUCCCAUUAGAAACCAUUAUAGCAGCCGAUCCAGCGGUAGAGGGCGCUUUGCUAUUUGGGCGCGGUAAACCGCAGGUCGGUGUGAUUAUUGAACCACAGCAAGACCAUGUUAUCGAUACUCAAGACCCCUUGGCUGUUGAGCGUUACAUCGACUUGAUCUGGCCUUCCAUCGAAGCAGCGAAUAAGGUUGCAUCAGCGCAUAGUAGGUUAACAAGAAACUUGCUUCUCAUCACUGAUCCAAGAAUUAAACCAUUACCCAAGACAUCAAAAUCAGCGGUAGCACGUAAGCCGACCUUACAGCUGUUGGCUGCAGAGAUUGAUGCGAUUUAUGAGAGAAAUCCCAUAGAGGAUCAUUCAGCUUCCUACGUCCCUCUGACGGACCCUUCAGGUCAAAUCUCAGAAGCUUCAAUACACUCAAUUAUUGCAAAGAUCUUGAAAAGUGUCAUGGGCAGAGAUAUCAAAGAAGAAGAAGAUAUAUUUCUUCAAGGAUGUGAUAGUGUUCACGUCGCUUCAAUUCGAUCAAAGCUUAUCAGUUUGAUCAAGAAAGGUACCCAGAAAUCAAUCACUGUACCGACUAAUUUAGUUUAUCAUCAUCCAACUAUCUCUCAACUGUCCAAAUGGCUUACAACAGUGUUAUCUGAGAGCAAUCUGCAAAAUGCCACAGAUCACCUAGCUCCUAUUAAGCUUAUGAUUGAUAGAUAUUCACCUAAGCCUGUGCUUUUUACUUUGAACAAUUCGAUAACUGUUUAACGUGCACCAUCUUACGAAUAUCUGCAUCCUUAUCAACCUCACUCCCAUUGUAAUCUUCUUUGUCUCCAUUUCUGUCAUCAAUCAAUAUCUGUCAAGCUGUUUGACUUCUUUCUUGGAUCAAUCAACAUUUAUAUGAAUUUAUUACUUC